GUAACAUUGUGGGAGUGGGCCAGUGUAUCAUACAUGGCAUGACUGUAGUCAUCAGAAAGAAGUUCUCCGCCUCGCGUUUCUGGGAUGACUGUGCCAAAUACAACUGCACUAUUGUGCAGUACAUUGGUGAGAUCUGCAGAUACCUGCUGAACCAGCCAGUUAAGGACACAGAGAAGCAACAUCGGGUGCGCAUGGCACUGGGCAACGGCCUGCGCCAGUCCAUAUGGGAGGAGUUCAUGAAGCGUUUCAACAUCCCACAGAUAGCAGAGUUCUACGGAGCCACAGAGUGCAACUGCAGUCUCGGCAACUUCGAUAACAAGGUUGGAGCGUGUGGCUUCAACAGUCAGAUUCUACCGUUCAUCUACCCCAUCAGACUGGUGCGGGUUGAUGAGGAGACCAUGGAGCUCAUUAGGGGACCUGAUGGUGUCUGUAUUCCCUGUAAACCUG